UACUGUUUUACGGGUAGAGGGUAGUAAACGAACCCUUACAACAAUAUGGUGCGAAUAUUCUGAAUGACUGUUGGCUAUUGAGGUAUAAACAAAUUUCCGUGGAAACACCGCCGGCACCUAUCAUUGGUACGGGGGGCGGCACUCGGCUGGCAACGCCUCUCCCGGACUAUCCCGGACCUCGGAGCGCCGCGCUUCGUAUCACUCUAACCGCCGACACCGCAGCCGAUGCCACGUUUUCAAAGUUUAAGUGAGUGUUCUUCACUUUGUGAACUGUUUUGUGUGCGAUAAUAUGGAGCAGCAGGACGAUAGCCAUCUAGCCGAGGAAUACGUUCAAGAUUUUGUACUUGAUCAUUUGGAAGACGUCACUGUGAAACGCGAAGGAAAAAUGCAGGAGAACUGGGUGGAGGAAUCGCCGAAUCGCUUACGCCAACUGCAGUGGGAGGACAGGAGGAUAGCCUCGCUGUCUCCUCCGCCGGAUUCCAUGUACAACCACCAGCAGCCAGUUUUGGUCAACAUGUCCUUGAUGAGCGAUCCCGGUACUCCACCGGAAACGCCGCCUGGAUCCUCGCCGAUGCCCUACAGAACGCAAAGCAUAAUGGAAGAGAUGAUGUGGCUGCCGAACAGCAUGAGGGAACCACAACCUCUAGACCUACGCCCUGUACACUGCAUGGGCGAAGACCAAGGCUACAUCCCGUCGGGGAUGAUGCUGGACAGCACGAUGCAUUCGAUGCACCAAAGACCACAAUCAGUAUGUUCGGGAUCGUCCGCUCUGUCUCCACGCCUAAACAAUCACAACUCCGGCUACUCGACUUGUUCAGAAGACAUCGGACUAAACGACGACAUGCUGAUGACCCUGUCGGUAAGAGAGCUAAACAAAAGACUACACGGCUGCCCGCGGGAGGAAGUUGUCAGACUGAAACAGAAACGACGCACGCUGAAGAACCGCGGCUACGCUCAAAAUUGCCGAUCGAAACGGCUCCAGCAACGGCAGGACCUGGAAACCACCAACAGGAGUCUCCAAGUGGAGUUGCACAGGCUGAAGAACGAGCUGGCCAGGGUGGCGCAAGAACGGGACAUCCUGAAGCAGAGAUUGCAGCUGGGCAGGACGCAAAACCAAAUUCGGGGCUGUGGGGGCCUCAACUCCGACGGUCAAAGUUCGCCGGAGUUCUACCUAUGACAUACGCUUCCGGGUCGAAGAUUAUAGUGCUAUUCGACCCCGCGGUAUACCAACCACUAAUAUAUACCGCGACACAUCUGCAGGGUGGUGCUAAAACGCUUUGGAGUAGGUAGAUCAAACAGAUAUUUCGUCUACAUACUGCAAAGAGUUGUGACCUGGAUUGUGAACACCCUGUAUAAAAUUGUGGACUUGUACAGUGAUUUAAAAAACUUUCUCUCGAAAAGUGAUUGCACAAUUUUUAUCAUUUUUUCCUUUACUUCGAGUAGACAUAAGACUGUUGAUUUUUUGAUAGAGGUUAAGUUUUUUGUUAAUAAAUACUUAAAAGUGACAUGGCAUAUCGUUUUUUUAUUUCUA